AUGCGACCUAUAACCUGUUCAUUCGAUCCCGUCGGGAUACCAUUCACUUCAGACACCAAAUACGAAAGUUUCGAGUUCUUAAAGGAAGGAAUUUCUAACACUGUUUCUGGUCUCGAAAAUUGCGAUGUUUUUGAUCCGCGCUCUGUAGGAGUUCCAUGGCCAACAUUAAUACCUGCAGUAGCACAGUGCAAGUAUUGGAGAGAAGCAGAGGAGGUAGCAGAAGCCCUAAUGCAUCAGAUUGUCUCUGCGGCACCAGGGCAACAAGGGUCUUUGCCAACAGAGUUUACCAAUUCGAGUUUGAAAGGGGCCAAGCAACGGGAACUCCUCGAUACCUGUGUUACGGCAGCAAUAAACAUGUUUCCUGCAGCGAACUUGGCUCGGGCGAAACUAAUGGUUAAAGCAACCUUGCUUACUUUCAUGCACGACGAUGUCGUUGAAUCCACAGAGCAAUCUACAAUCAUCGAUGAUGCUCUCGCCGACAUUGUUGGCCAAGAAGAAAAGGGUACAGAGAUCUUGUGUAAAAACAACAUAUUCAAAGAAUUUACACUGGAAUGCAUACAAGAGGACCCCGUUGUCGGGCCACUAUUCGUGAAGGGCAUAUUGAGCUGGGUACAACAUACACGCGAUAACCUGCCCGGAUCCAUGACAUUUAAGUCUUUAAACGACUAUAUUGACUACCGCAUUGGCGACUUAGGUGUCGACUUUUGCAAUGCAGCUAUAAUGUUGUCAUGCGAGAUUUUCGUCUCUCCGUCCGAAAUGGAGCCUCUUGCAACCUUACACCACCUGUACAUGACACACUUCUCAUUAGCAAACGACUUAUACUCGUACGAUAAGGAGGUCUACGCUAUGAAAAACAAUGGCGCUGCACUGAUCAACGGCGUCAGAGUUCUAGAACUUCUUCUCAAUACUUCGCCUCGAGCAGCGAAGGUCCUUCUCCGAGCAUAUCUAUGGGACCUCGAGUUUCAAAUCAACGAAGAGCUUGCACGGCUCUCGCACUGCGGUCUUUCUUGUAACCAGUGGCGAUUUGCUCGUGGAAUGGUAGAAGUGAUUGCAGGAAACCUAUUUUACUCCGCGACCUGUUUGCGGUACGCAAAACCGUCGUUGAAAGGGAUAUAA